AUCGUCUGCUACAUAAUGCGUUACCUACCGUAGUCCUACCUGUCACUUUAUGCCUUUGUACUUGAUCAGUUAUCGCUCUUUGUUACGAUAAAAAUAAAUAAAAUGUUCUUCUACGCUUUGAUCGGCGGCUACGUUUUGACAUCGAUGAUAUUAUUCAAAUACCCAACGUUGAUACAUAAGAAAAAAAAGGUGAAAUUCAUGUGUCAUCACAUCAGUCACAGGGGCGGUGCUGGCGAAAGCUACGAAAAUACAAUGUGUGCAUUCAAACGGGCUGUUGCUAUCGGAACAGAAAUGCUUGAAUUGGAUUGUCAUCUGACAAGAGAUGGACAAGUGGUAGUUUCGCAUGAUCACAAUCUAUUGCGCAGCACUGGUAGGAAUAUGAAUAUAUCGGAUUUGGAUUACAAGGACUUGCCAUUACUGAAAAGGAAUCUCCCUAUUGACUUUGACCCAGAUAUGGAAUUUGUGGGAUCUGAGAAAGAGGAGGAGCGAAGAUUCGCCCUUUUGAAGGAAGUAUUUGACGCAUUUCCCAACUUGCCCAUCAACAUUGACAUCAAAGUCAAUAACGAUCGCCUCAUUGCCAGGGUGUCUGAUCUCAUCAAAGAAUAUAAUCGCGAGGAAUACACUGUGUGGGGAAACUUCAGCGACGAGAUAACUAAAAAAUGUUACAAAGCGAAUCCAAAUGUGAACUUAUUGUUCUCUAUGCAGCGUGUUACUUUACUCAUAUUCCUUAUGUACACUGGUCUGCUACCAUUUGUGCCUUUGAAAGAGACUCAUCUGGAAAUCUUUCUACCGUCUAUUUAUUUGAGGCGCAAAGGUGGUCCGAUUCCAACUUUUCUCCCAUUGGAAAAACUAGUUGUUCGCUCUAUAAACUUGUUACUCAUGAGGCCAUGUUUGUUCAAUCACCUGCAAGCACGUGGAAUACAUGUAUACUUUUGGGUAUUGAAUAAGGAAGAUGAGUUCAAAGAAGCAUUUGAACUUGGUGCCACAGGAGUGAUGACAGAUUAUCCCACAAAAUUAAAAUUAUUUUUACAAAAUGGUGCGUUCUAAGGCAAUUCAGUACGGUUGUUCACGCCACAUUUGUUAGAUAUAGGUUGAAACAAAGUAACUUUACCCUAUAUUUUCUGCUACGACAAAGAUAAAUUUACUGAUCUAAAAUCAACUCUGCACUCAACGUGUCGAUAUGUACAUCAAAAUUUUCGGCAAGUUUUUCCGCAAAAAGUAAUUUUUUUUUCAAUCAUUGCCUAAUAAUUUUUAGGUUUAAGACACGUUAAGAUUGCUCUUGUUGAAUUGCACGCUUGAAUCUAGUCCAUUUUAAAUUCUAUUAUUACUA